ACGUACGUCUCUAGGUCGUCGUGACGUGCGGACGUCGCUAGUUCGGUGCCCUUGGCUGUAGGAAGAAGAUGGGGUACUGGGAUACACCGGACGGAACCAAUUGCGGGGAAAAGGCAUUGCUGACAACGAAGAUAGCCACGGGGCUGGGUGUAAUGGGAUCUGCAUAUUACAUAGUGCUUUUCGAGCCUAAGACAGUACUGGAGGGCAUUAAAAAAGCUGGAGGUGCAACUCUUGCUAUGGCUUCGCUUGGAGCAAUCUUUGGUAUCACUACCUGUUUAACAGCCCAGAUUCGUGAGAAGCCAGACGAUGCAUGGAACUAUUUUGUAGGGGGUUGUACAUCUGGUGCACUCCUAGGAUUAAAAAGUCACAGCUAUGGAACUGGGGCCACGGCGUGUCUUGCAUUCGGCGGACUUGCUGCUUUUGCCAAGAUUUCAAAAAAAGAGGGCUGGGUAUGGAUUCCAUCUGAACCAAGACUCUGAAACUUUGUAUUUUUGUCUUGUGAUAUCACUGCUGAAAGGAAUAUGAACAUUACUGAAAUCUGAAUUUGUUUUACAGCUGAGUCACACUUUUUGGUUGCUGUAGUGUACACAGUAUAUACAUUGGUCCCUGUCUGAGCAGAUAAAUAAACCUGCUACAUUGAUA